GCUCGGACAGUUGGGGGUUGAGCAAUCAGUGCUGGGCAAAAAACUUCUGGCCAGGACUGAACUUCCUUCCUCGACUGUGAGCUUUUAUAAAUGGGGAUUAUGUUCAGUUUCUCAGUCGGUGAAUCGUCUUUGGAUCUGUUUAAACCAUCGUCGCUCCUUCUUCUAACAUUCACAUCAUGACUGUUGUAACGCGAGUUGCGCUUUUGUGCGUGGUUUUCCUCUGCGGGCUGGAGGACAGGGCGCAGACCCAGCGCAUACGCUGCGACAGGGCUUCGUGUUUGUGGCUCCACCGUGAGCCGCGGGACUUUGCGGGUGCGCAGAAAGGCUGCACAGACCCCAACACGCAGUUGCUCGCACUCACUUUGCGGGAAGCAGAGAUGUCACUCCCGGGUUUGAUGAGAGGCAGCAGCGGUAGUUACUGGCUGGAGCUGCGCAGCAACAGCACCGACAGCCCGGUGGACGAAGCAGCGGCGGGUCAACACUGCUUCGCCGUGUCCAUGUCCGGGCCAUACAACGUCACAGUGUCACGGGAGCAGUGCCGUAACAAGCAGGACGGGUUUCUGUGCCGCACCACAUUACAGGGUACCUGCAGUCCCCUGCAGACAACUGCAGACACGCUGGUGACUUUCACCACUGCACACAUCGGUUUGGAGGUCAUAGAAUCGGAAAAUCAUCCAGAAGGAACCAUCGCUGUGGUGGAAAAGUUUCAGUUUAGUGCUGAACAUCCACACGCAAAGUAUUUGUGUUUUCAAGGGAGGUGGCUGCAGGCUCCAUGGAGGUGUGAGGUGCUGGAGGGCGGCUGCGAUCCCAGCUGCAACAGAACAACCAACACCUGCACCUGUCCCACGGGAAAAACUCUACAUCCCAACAGCAUCACCUGCACCUUCGCCAGCGAGCCACAGGGGGGCGACUCUACUGCUAGCACAUGCGCCACAGGCUACAUGCUGACGCUGGACAGGAAGCGGUGCGUGGACGUGGACGAGUGCAAGGACGGCAAUCUGUGCACGAGGGCGGGCGAGGAGUGUCUGAACAUGGACGGAGGCUACGAGUGCACGUGCAAAGACGGCUACGACAGAGAGGACGGCGUGUGCGUGGAUUUCUCCAUAUGCUCCAAGUGCGAGCACAUGCGGUGCAUGAUAUCCAACGGGAGUUAUGUGUGUGCGUGCAGGAAGAGUUACAAGGUGUCCCCCCUGGACCCCACCAAGUGUUUACACCUCUGCGAGGAGGAGAGCUGUGUGGCUGAGUGCAUCUCAGAGGAGGAGAAGGGCGAGAAGGUGUUGAACUGCUUCUGUCCCAUCGGCUUCAUCAAAGACCACAGGAACGACAUGGACUACUGCACCGACAUUGACGAGUGUGAGUCGGGGCCAUGUGAUCACAAGUGUGAAAAUUCAUUUGGCAGCUACAGGUGCUCGUGCAAGAAGGGUUUCCAGCUGCACGGGGAAGGCAGGUGUGUCGCGGCCAGGGACAAGGAAGAGGAGAUGGGCAAGGAAGAGGAGAAGAGCAAGGAAGAGGAGAAAGGCAAGGAUGAGGAGAAGGAGGAUGGGGAUGACUCACCCUCUCCACCCCCAAAACACAGCAGCUCUCACCCAGUCACGCUGCCCUCUUACAUAAAGACCGGCAGCGUCCUGGGCAUCAGCAUGUUCCUGGCACUGUGCGCGGUGCUGCUGUGUCUCGUGGUGCGGAACAUGACGAGACGCUGCCGCAGCGUGGAGCUCCCCUCCUUCAAAGCCCCGGACAUAAAUGUGUUCUACCUGCAGCAGGUGACCACAGAGACCUACAAGAGGUUGUCCGUCGACAAGCAGUUCAAAAACGACCUGUCGAGACUGUGAACGCACCACUGACACACACUCACUCACUCACACACUCACUCACUCACUCACUCACAUGUAUAUUGUUAGGGCACGUUCAUGGGAGACGAUUUAUCUCUCAUUUUUAAUCAAAUGAAUUCAAAAAUAAGACUUUUAAGAGGAGGACACUGUUUCUGAAUGUGUAGAUUUACACAGUGAGCUGGUGAGGAUCAUUUUUGAGUUCUCACUCAGAAGAAUGUUAUAUAAGAAACAAAAGGUGUUUUUUUUAAUGUGUAUGUAAUGGUACUAAAUGGAAGGUGUAAUCAUUUUUGUCCGAUUAUGUUCCAUUUUCCUCCAAAAUGUUAAAAAAUGAUUAUGAUUAUUAGUUGACUAGUAAAUUUAAAUGAACUUUAAAUUAAUUUGGUUUUAUUCAAUUUUAAAUACACAAAGGAGUUCUAUGAUUUUACACUUUAUUAAAACUUAAGUUUGUUUUUUAGUUUUCUGACAUUUUAUACGACCAAACAUCUCAUCACUUCAUCAAAAAUUGCUGGUUAAAGAGAUAAUUGCACACCACAUGUCACAGGAGUGAAUGGAUUAACCACUCCCAACUGUUUGUCUACACUGUCUACAUGUACACGGCUGUUUAACAUUCAAUGUGCCUUUUUAUUUCAAGCUUCCUUUUUUAUCUUUUGAUAAAGUCACACUUUUAACUUGUUUAUAAAAAGGAGUCUAAAACACACUAAGACACUGGACCACCACUGUUUUUUGUAUUUUUCCCGUGGAUGCACUGGUUGCCACUGUUUUUGAGGCAGUUGUGAAAAAUGCUUUGGAUCUUUUUUUAUUAUUAUUUUUCCUCCACAUUCUUUAGAUAAACUGGCUAAAACAAAAGCAAAAUACAUUAGAAUGUAGAUACCAGUGAGUUUAAGGGAACCUGAUGCUGUUCACGUGAUGACUGUGAGCAUCGUUCAUUUUACAGCUUUGACAAAAAACCACAUUUUAAAGUGUCCAAAGUCGAUCACAUGAGCAAACGAGACAGUGCAUGUGUGCCAGAUGAAGGCAGACGUGCCACAGCUGUGUACUUUGUUACCACUGACAUUAACACGAGACUGAAUGUAACGUCAGCUCCUCUGUGUGACCUGCACGUCACGAGAGGCGAGUUCAAAAAAACCAUGAAUGUAUUGAAACUGCGCUGCUAAUGCAUUUACACUGACAUACAGAGCCAUGCACUUCCUAUGUAUCAUAGCCUUUUUGUAAACUGUAAUUUAAGAAAAGAAUAAACACUCACAGUGUUGUGAAA